CAGUACAAAAAGUGAUGAUGAUCUUAGGGAAAACAUUAUUUAUUUUGAUUUAUCAAAAAGUGAUCUUAUUUUUAAACCAAAAGGUCAACACUUUUGGAGCUAACAAUUUAAAACCACAAACAUAAAUAAAACAUGACACUGAGCAAAAUGGCUAAUAUCAAAUAAUUAUAUUUUACUCAUUUGAUUGUUUUCUUUAUACAGAAAACCCCCAAAGUUACAUUAAAAAGACAUAACUUAGAGCUAAAUUUCAAAUAUCAAGUAAUUGUAUUUAAUUUAUUUUCUUAUGAUUCAAAGGUUUGGUUUAAAAGUUGAAACGCAUCCAUAAUCCAUUGAGCUCUAGUCUCUAAGGUAUUCGUUCACGAUUCAAUAUUCCUAGUUUGUAGGAAUUUUUUUUGCAUCAAUUAAAUAUGAAAGAUUUGAAUAUAAAUGUAAGUUAUGUCUGGACUUUUUAGGUGAAGCUAGUGUAGAUUGAAUUUGUUUUUGAUUUGGAGAGAAAAAAUAUUUACAGUGGCUAUAAACAAUAAUACUUUCCUUGGUUCUGUACAAACGAUUCAAUAAGCAAUCAUUGGUUAAUAUAAUUUUUUUUUUUUGUUCAAAACAUUGGUUAAUAUAAUUUUGUUGUUAAAAAAGGGUUAAUAUAUUUUAUUAUCUUUAUAUAAUAUUUGAUAACUCACUACCACACGAGGUUAUGACAUCGCGCAUGAUGUGUAUUUUCAGUCCAAACAAUGUAGAUGCUUUCAAAGAUUUUUUUGUUUGUUUUGUGCCAUUUUGUAUACUACAACUUUUCUUACAUUUUUAAUAAUAUGGUAUUAUUGUCAAGAUCAAAUAAAUUUAAUUAUUCAUGAUAUUUUCUCUUCUAAAAUGCAUGAAUUAUACGUCGGCCCAUCCGACCUGAAUACAUGCUAUUUUUAUUCGCAUGCACUGGAAAAACUAUAAACACGGUCCAGCAGACCUAAAUACAGAAUGAAUAAAAAAAACAUGUCAUUUUUUCUAUGCUACAUAUAUAUGCAAAUGAAAUGUUACAUAUAUGAUUACUUUACCAAGAGUUUUGUAAAACACAUGCACAUGUGUGUGCCUAUUUACUUGACUAACCAAAACAUAUAUGGCUUUUCGCAUGAUUCAAAGUCUAAUCAAUCAAAACCCCUUUUAGAAUUUCUUAAAUCCAAAUAGCCACCUAACUUUUCCAUUAAAAUAAUCUAAAAUUUCAAACUUUGAAAAACUUAUUAAAAUGGACCUAUGACGUUUUACACUCUCCAUAGCUGACCUUUGAUUCUAUGAAUUCAGCCAAAACAUGUGUUUGGUUACACAGUGACAUAAGAAUUUAAAAAUAUCCACGGCGAUAAAAACAAAAAGCAAAUAUUAAAAAAUAGUUCUUAUCCAGAAUCCAAUAUUAAUAGUCUCGUGUCAUCUACCCAUAUCUUUUCAUAUCAAGUUGCGGAAAAAUCUUAGCUGGUCAAAUUUCACGUUCGGUUGCCGCAAAAAGUCAACUUGGCUAUAGAUACGUAGAGUCUUAUCCAAAAUCAUAAGUUAACUAGUAUAUGUCACUGAUCAAGUUUUAGACACACACAUAAAACUGUUAGUUAUUAAUUAGUAAUUACGCACGUAGAUACCGUCCGUAGUUGAAGUCGUUGAUCGGGUCUUAAGUAUUUGAUCGUGCAAACCAAAUUUCUAAAAAUAUAUAUAGAAGAAAAGAAGUUGUGGAUGACCCUUGUCCACUGGAUUCAAAUAACUAAAUCAUCUUUCAAACAUGUGGCUUUCACGAGUACAGUCUUCUAUGUGUUGUCAUAUCUAUUUUUUUUCUAUAUAUAAUCAACGUAUCUUCUUUGGUAGUGUAGAGAGUUUAAGACCAAACUCAUAACUAACUUUCAGACAAAAGCAUACAAUUGGGAGAUACACUAGUUAGUUAAAAUUUGUAUAUUCUUAUAUAGUUUUCUAAAUACUUCUGGGUGAAACUAAUCAUGGCUGAUCAAAUAUCCGGCGAUAAUCCAACCGAGAAGACGGCCGAGAAGCUGAGCGAGACGCCGACAGGAGUUAAUAGAUACGCACUUCAAUGUGCUAUUGUCGCCUCCAUCGUCUCCAUCAUCUUUGGUUACGAUACUGGUGUAAUGAGUGGAGCGAUGGUGUUUAUAGAAGAAGAGUUGAAGACAAACGAUGUUCAGAUCGAAGUUCUCACCGGUAUUCUCAACCUUUGUGCACUAGUCGGAUCACUACUCGCCGGAAGAACGUCGGACGUGAUUGGUCGGCGCUACACAAUCGUCUUGGCCUCAGUACUCUUCAUGUUGGGCUCAAUAUUAAUGGGCUGGGGUCCGAGUUAUCCUGUACUCCUCACUGGUCGAUGCACAGCCGGACUAGGAGUUGGUUUUGCUCUAAUGGUUGCUCCGGUUUAUUCAGCCGAGAUAGCAACCGCUUCACAUAGAGGACUAUUAGCUUCCCUACCUCACCUUUGCAUCAGUAUAGGAAUUUUACUAGGCUAUCUAGUGAAUUACUUCUUCUCCAAACUACCGUUGCAUAUAGGUUGGAGACUGAUGCUCGGUAUCGCCGCAAUUCCGUCGCUAGUGCUAGCGUUCGGGAUCUUGAAAAUGCCGGAAUCUCCGCGGUGGUUGAUCCUACAAGGCCGCCUCGGAGAGGGCAAAAGGAUACUAGACUUGGUGUCGAACUCGCCUGAAGAGGCGCAAGUACGAUUUCAGGACAUUAAGAUAGCUGCCGGAAUCGACCCAAAGUGCGAGGAUGAAGUGGUGAAAAUGGAGAACAAGAAGACUCACGGUGAAGGAGUUUGGAAAGAACUCAUUUUAAGACCUACUCCUGCAGUAAGACGAGUUCUUUUAACCGCUCUAGGGAUUCAUUUUUUCCAGCACGCGACGGGAAUCGAAGCUGUUUUGUUAUACGGUCCGAAGAUAUUCAAGAGAGCAGGAAUCACGGCUAAAGACAAGCUGUUCUUGGUCACAAUCGGUGUCGGUAUCAUGAAAACAACAUUUAUUUUUACUGCGACUUUCUUGCUCGACAAGGUAGGUCGGAGGAAGCUUUUGUUGACCAGCGUUGGAGGAAUGGUUUGCGCGCUGACUAUGUUAGGAUUUGGGCUUACGAUGGCCCAAAACUCCGGCGGAAAGCUAGCUUGGGCUUUGGUGCUGAGCAUAGUUUCGGCUUAUAGUUUUGUAGCCGUUUUUUCUAUUGGGCUUGGCCCAAUAACUUGGGUCUACAGCUCUGAGGUGUUCCCGUUGAAGCUUAGAGCGCAAGGAGCGAGUCUCGGCGUUGCGGUGAACAGAGUAAUGAAUGCCACUGUGUCCAUGUCGUUUCUAUCUUUGACAAAGGCGAUAACCACCGGUGGAGCUUUCUUUAUGUUCGCCGGAGUAGCUGCGGUGGCGUGGAAUUUCUUCUUCUUUCUAAUGCCGGAGACUAAAGGAAAGUCGCUUGAAGAAAUCGAAGUGCUUUUUCAAAGAGACGGUGAUCAUAAAGUACGAGGCGAGAACGGCACCGUUUAAUUGUUUUUUUUUUUAAUUUUCGUUUUAAAUGAAACGACUACCUUUUUAGUUAUUCAUUACGACGCCGUUUAGUGUUAUUUGUGUGUGGCUUUUAUCAAAUUAUGAAUCCGACGGUCACGAUCUGCGUA